ACUAUUUAGCCGGAGCGUCAACGCCAAGAGGGCACACACACAACACGCGCAUAUACGAGGCGAGCUAGCUAUAGCCCAUAGCUCCAUAGCCUCUCUCUUGUUCUAGCUACCAAACCUCACGAGCAUCAUGGCUGGCGGGGAGGAGCAUGAGCAUGGCGCGUCGUGCCGGCUGGAGAGCAUCCUGACGGACACGUCGGCGCCGAUGGCGGAGCGGGCGUGGGCGGCGGCGUCGGUGGAGCUCCGGCUGCUGGCGCGGCUGGCGGCGCCGGCGGUGGUGGUGUACAUGAUCAACUUCGUCAUGUCCAUGUCGACGCAGAUCCUGUGCGGCCACCUGGGGACCCUGGAGCUGGCCGCCGCCUCGCUCGGCAACACCGGCGUCCAGACCUUCGCCUACGGCCUCAUGCUGGGCAUGGGAAGUGCAGUGGAGACCCUCUGCGGGCAGGCCUACGGUGCACACAAGUAUGACAUGCUCGGAAUCUACCUACAGCGCUCCGUCAUUCUGUUGGGCUUAACCGGCAUACCACUUGCUGUGAUGUACGCUUUCUCGGAGCCACUCCUCUUAUUGAUGGGACAGUCACCGGAGAUAGCCCGCGCCGCAUCGAUCUUCGUUUACGGCCUGAUUCCUCAGAUCUUCGCGUACGCCGUCAACUUCCCCAUUCAGAAGUUCCUGCAGGCCCAGAGCAUCGUCCUGCCGAGUGCUUACAUCUCAACGGCAACACUCGUUCUACAUGUGAUGCUGAGUUGGGUGCUCAUGUACAAGGUCGGCCUUGGGCUGCUCGGUGCCUCACUGGUGCUGAGUGUGAGCUGGUGGAUUAUCGUCGGAGCACAAUUUGUGUACAUUGUCGUGAGCCCGACGUGCCGGCACACGUGGACGGGAUUCAGUUGGCAGGCCUUCUCCGGUUUGCCAAGUUUCUUCAAACUCUCCGCCGCAUCUGCCGUGAUGCUGUGCCUUGAGACAUGGUACUUUCAGGUGCUUGUGAUCAUUGCUGGAUUGCUCCCCAACCCUGAGAUUGCCCUGGAUUCCCUCUCUGUGUGCAUGACGAUUUAUGGUUGGGUGUUCAUGAUCUCCGUUGGGUUCAAUGCCGCUGCAAGUGUAAGAGUGAGCAAUGAGCUUGGCGCCGGCAACCCCAAGUCUGCAUUUUUCUCUGUGUGGGUCGUCACCGGGCUCUCUGCAACAAUCUCUACCAUCCUUGCUGUUGUGAUCCUCUGCCUCCGCAACCACAUCAGCUACUUGUUCACAGAUGGUGAAGCAGUUUCGGACGCGGUGGCAGAUCUCUGCCCGUUGCUCGCCGUAACCCUCGUUCUCGGUGGCAUCCAACCUGUACUGACAGGUGUUGCCGUUGGGUGUGGAUGGCAACAAUUUGUUGCUUACGUGAACGUCGGCUCUUACUACGUUGUAGGCGUUCCACUUGGUGUUGUUCUCGGUUUUUUCUUCAAUCUUGGCGCAAAGGGUAUUUGGGGUGGCUUGAUUGGGGGAACGGCCUUGCAGACAGCCAUUCUGCUAUGGGUCACCAUAAGAACAGACUGGACCAAAGAGGUAGAGGAGGCACAGAAAAGGUUGAACAAUUGGGACGAGAAGAAAGAGCCUCUCCUUGCAGGGUUCAAGGACAAUAACAAAUAAGUGGACCAGUCUAGAAUUGUGUUUCCAGUUAUCCGAUUCAGAAGUGUGCUGGCUAUGAGAUUCGCCGUCGGCGUGGGUGGGAGGGGCAGAAUUCAGGUCUCCUUAUUUUCGUGUAGAUAUCUAUGAGUUUGUGCCUCAAUUUUUUGGAUGACACGCCAGUGAUGGGCUUGUUAAUACAUACUGUAGUCUUGGUUAGCAUGUUACAUCUUUCUUUUGUUGAAUUGUCUUUAAGUUAUUGGUUUUCCCGUCUUUAUUGGAAGGCCAUUAUUUGGCGACUUUGUAAUACAUUUGUAAUUAGCUUGGCAUGAUGCUGAAUCAGGUAAAGAAAAGGGUGUGAAGUUUUGGAUA